AUGGUGGAUUUCAAGCCCAAGGCAAUACGGGAAAGUCAACUUGAGAGAAGACAGGUUUAUCUUUGAGCUGAUUUGUCUCAGUCGCCAUUUUUCUUGUCAUUUCAAGAGUUCAUUCCUUAAUUUUUACUUCUUCAGGUUGAACUAGCUGUCCCUGCUCUUGUGAAGUUCGCGAGUCAGAAACGAGGCAAACAGCUGCGGCUUUUGAAUGAACACGAAACAAUUUUGUUGAUCUUAGCUUUAAAGAAGAUUCCAAACCCUGACAAGAAACCAAGAAGAAUGUGAGUGUUAGUUAAAUAUUACCAAGUUAAAUUCGAAAAGGCAGUUUACGAUCCUCAUCGUGAUUGCUUCACAUAUACAGCUUCACGUUCAAGCUUGAUAAAUCGAAAUCAUCUGGUGAGGUGUCAAGCGCUUAUUGAUAGAAUUUUAUUCACGAGCUAAUGCUUAAGUACAGUUCAUUUUCGUCUUUUUUCCAGCCCUUUACCAUACUCUUUGUAUUCAGAGAAUGUAGAGGUUUGUUUGUUUACCAAAGAGGAUAGUUCAAAAGUCAAGCAACUACUGAAAUCAAAAGAUGUUACAGUCAAAAAGGUAUGGACAAUCAUAUUUGGGAGAGAAAUGUCGUUGUAACACUAAAAUUUUCAUGGAUCUUCAUUAGUAGCAGUAGUGUUGAAAAGUGUCGAAUGGCAUGACUGGGUCAGGAUAUAUUUGGUAUAAUUGGCAUAAGGCUUUAUGCAUAUUUACAUCAGAAUACCCAGUUUCACCCACAAGCCUCACUUUCAAGGUGCGGACUAGUGGAUAUUAAUUAGAAAGUAUUCGCAAGACACUGAAAUGAAUAGAACACUCACACAAAAACAACAAGAAAGCGGCAAAGGUUUGUGCAAAUGUUGGUGCUAAUGAGACUUGAGGUGAGUUUUCAGUAUAUGAAGUCAUCGUGCAAAGGUUUGUAGCCUUCCUUUAAACAAUCCCUAUACAUAAAUUUGGACAAUUUUUUGAUCUUUAGAAAACCUAAGAAGCUGCUUUCUAUAAAGUUUUCUUUUCCUUUUCCAUGCUGGAUUAAGGAAAGAAGAAGAUAUGUGUCAGUGUACAGCAGCAAAGGGGAACUAUUAAUCAAGUAUUUUAGAUCAGUUUAAGUUUAACCCUUGAUUGGCAUACACUCUAACUUUUUAAGUCUUGUUUGUUUGUUGUUUUUUUUUGCAAAAGAGAAAUUUUACUCAAAUGGUGAUUGAUUACUAGUGGGAUUAUAUUUAAAGCAAACAACUAUCCUGAAAAUUUUUGGUAUUUUUAUGGAAGGCAAACAUUUUAAGAAUCAGCCUUCUUUUAAGACUUGCAUGUAAUUGUUCCAGGUGGUGACUGAAAAAUAAAUUUAAUUACCUUGUCUUAUCAAGACUUGGCACCUGUGUAAAACAAUUAAGGUUUAUACCCUGAAUAUACGGUAUUUCAUAGUGGUUAGGUACUUGAAUAUGCAGUCCCAAUUAGGUUUUUUUUCAAACCUAAAGGUAAUCUCUCUGACCAAGCUUCGUAAGAAUUACCAGUCAUUUGAAGCAAAAAGACAGCUCUGCUCAUUGUAUGAUGUGUUCAUUUGCGAUGAUGCCAUCUACCAUCUGUUGCCCAAGUUACUAGGAAAAGUUUUCUUCUCAAGGAAAAAGUAAGUUGUAGUAUUUAUUAUGUGCUACAUGCUUUCCUUUUUAAAUCACAGUGCAUUAAUGCAUAUUUGGUCUGAAAAGUGGUUUGAUAUUUAGCAAGGUGGACUGUGGAUUUUUUUAUUUUCAAACAACUUUGAGUAAUUUUUAAACUUUAAAACUCAAAAGAAACACAAGAACACCAAACAGGGUCAUGGAUUUGGGAAAAAAAGUAGAGAAUUGAAAUGGAUUGCAGUUGUGCACCUGAGAGGACUUCAUUGUUGAAUUUUUUCCUCUGUUUUUCAAGUUUAUCAAAAUUUAACAUUUUACAAUGUUGAAGUCCCAUAAUUUUUUAGAUACACAUUGAACUAACAUUAAAUAUUCUGACCUACAUGUAGCGUCUUAAAAAGAGAUACCUCACUUAAAUGACCACUUUUCAUUCAGAAUUACAUGUUCAUGGUGUGGAUAAAUACAGAUCCAUCUUUCCAAGUUGAUCCACUUUGAUUGCUGCCCAGGUCAUUCUCUUAUUCAAUGAUUAACCCUUUAACACUCAUGAGUGACAAAGAUGGAAUUUCUCCAUACAGUGUCAACAUGAUGUCAACAUUAUAACAAUUGUACCGUUGACAGUAAGAAGAAUUACUGGAACAAAUUUGAUCUGGGAGUUAAAGGUUAAACACAGACAUGUUAUUACUUUGAUGAUUUGAAUGAAACAAAUUGACACGACAUGUUAAACUGGUAGUAAUUUAAAGUAAUAUGACAAGUAUCAGAUGUAUAAACUAAUAUGAGACUUAAUUUAAUUUUCAUCGUGAACAUUUGUCAUCUAGGGAAUGUUAAUGUAUAAGAAGUUCAUCAUGAAGAAUUGUCUUUUCUUGUGUUUACUUCUUUCAUCGCAGAUUUCCCAUCCCAGUUAGUUUAAAGAAAGUAAACUUGAAGAAGGAAAUUGAUAAGGUUCUUAACUGUUCUUUCAUGACACUGGGGCAUGGAUCAUGCAGGUAAGCCUUAGAAUAACUCAUUUUAUUAUUUUUAUUAGUCAGUACAUGAGCUGUGAUUGGUCAAUUUAGCAGGCCAUUUUUCACUGUACAACCUGCUUAAUUCUUGAGUUUAUUUUAAUUGACAUCUUCCUCCUCUAUUUUAAACUAGUGAUAUGAUAAAUAUCUUACUAACUUUGUUUUCUUGGUUCAUUUGCAAGUCACAAAACCUUGUUUUUUCUGCCCAGAUUUAUGGCUGGUGUGCCUGGUGCCUGGGCCAUGAAUAUGAGCAGGAAAAACUUGGUCUAUAACCCACAGUAUAGACUUAAAACUUGGUUCAUAAGAGGUGUAGACAAUUCUCCUCUAAACUAGAUGAGUUUUUUCAGAACUCCGAGGGGUUGUCUGUGUGGUAAUUAUUAAUUCCCACAUUGUUAGAAAGCUCUUACUCAAUAUAUUCCAUCAACACCAGUUGCCCAUUGUUGUUGUUCCAUUGUGCAGGUUUUCUCUUGUAAAAUGAAGAAACUAAAAUACAUAAUCAUUGCUUUGUAGUGCAAUUAAGGUGAGCCAUACUGGACAAUCAAUGGAACAAGCUGUAGAGAAUGUUGUCAGUGCUGUCAGUGAAAUCACCAAGAUUGUCCCAAGAGGAUGGAAUAACAUUCAAUCCCUAAACCUCAAAACAUCAGAUUCAAUAGCUCUUCCACUCUAUACAUCACUACCUGAAAAAUCUCACUUCAUAGAGGACUCACAGCCACCUGCUAAAAGAAGGAAAAAGGAGACAUGACCACUGCCAUUAUCUAGACUGCAUAAUGUAAAGAACCUCAUUUUGAGGUUCUUGAGAAACCAUUUCUUUGAUUGAAGGAGCAACAGAAAUUGGUGGUUUGGGAUAUAAGGAAGGAACAUAUGAGAUUUCAGUGUUAGUUAACCCUUUAACGACCUAGAAAUUUUUGUCACUUCUCCCCUCCAGCUGCUACACACUUCCUUGUAGAUUAGUGAUGAGAAUUUGGUGUUAGAUCAAGAUAACAACUUUACUUGAUGAGUUAAAGUAUUCUCAUCACCUGUUUGCUGGACGAUGUAUGAAUGUUAUGGGAAGAAGUUACAUGUUAAUCACCUGAGGGAGUUAAAGGGUUUAAGUUUUUCUGGGCAUAAACCAAACUGCAUAGCUGGGAGAUUAGUGGCAUUUAACUCCCAAGAUCUGAUUGUUAAUUCUCCCCUCUAGCUGCUACACAAUUCCUUGUGGAUUGGUUUUGAGAAUUUGGUGUUUGAUGUAGAUAACAACUCUUACCUGUUAAGUUUAAGUUUCUCAUUACCAGUUGGCUGGAUUUUGUGUGGAUAUUAUCAGAAGUUACAUGUUAAUCACUUUUGAGGAAGGGAUUAAAAUGCAGGAUCAAAUGUGACUGGUGAAGCUGUGAGAUGAGAUCCAGCUGAAUUUCUCAAUUUUCUCAUUCCUGUUGUCUUUUCAACUUGUUAGCUCAAGGGAAAAAAAAGCCUUUCUUACCUCAUAGAUUAUGCAAGGUUUGCUUUAAUGUAAAUUGUAAUUUUGCCAACAAUCCUUUCACUCUCAGGAGUGAGCAAUAAGUAAUUUAUUCUUGCAAUAUCAUUUCAAUGUUCAGCAUGAAGGUGAUUCGAAGAAAAUGUUAACACGGAAUAAUUUUUUAUUUUGCUCUAAAUUCUUAAAGCUGAAGUUGUAAGAAACUUGUGAUAGACAGUGCGGAGAAUUGAUAUGUAGAACAUAGUAACUUCGUUAAAGUCAGUAAGAUGCGGAGAAUUUGGGGUCUUAUCUAAGACACCUCACUGGUUUGGUCGUUAUCCAACAAACAAUGCAACUUUGUUCAGUUUGACUCUUUGAAGUCUCCCAUUCCUGUCAUUAAAUUGAAACAAAUCUAAUGUAAAGAUGGUUGUCAAAAUUUUAUGUAUUUAUGAGAAAUCAAAUGCACUUAAUUAUUUCCAGACGAUCACAUUCGUCUCGUUAAUUGAAGC